CCGGCAUCGCCGGGCGUGCGGCUGCGAGGGCGUCUCGGGGGCUCGCGCUGGGGACCGCACCCUGGGGUCCUGCGGGGGGCCUGGAGUAGGGUGCCAAGGGAGGGUCGCGCUCCGCGCCUCCGCCGCCGGGGGGCGCUGCCGGCGGUCCCCGCGUCCAGGCGUGCCGCCGCCUGCAAGAUGUCGGUGUGCCGAAGCCAGCGGCCGGCGCGGCCCGGGACCCGCCUCACCUGGCUGCUGUGCUGCAGCGCCCUGCUGUCGCCCGCCGCGGGGUACGUGAUCGUGAGCUCGGUGUCCUGGGCCGUCACCAACGAGGUGGACGAGGAGCUGGACAGCGCCUCCACCGAGGAAGCCUUGCCCGCGCUGCUGGAAGAUUCUGGCAGCAUCUGGCAGCAGAGCCUCCCGGCCUCGGCACACAAGGAGGACGCGCACCUGCGGCCCCGGGCGGGAACCGGCCGCUCCAGGCCGCCCCCUGCGCCGCCGGGAAUGUUCUCCUACCGCCGGGAAAGCGGCCCCGCUGCGGGCGCGGCCCCUGGCCCGAGGCUGCACGCCGGCACCGCCCGCUCCCUGGCCCACGCCAGCGCCUGGGGCUGCCUGGCCACCGUGUCCGCCCGCGAGCAGAUCCAAGGACUGCCUUUUGGGAACUGCCUGCCCGUCAGUGACGGCCCCUUCAACAACAGCACCGGGAUUCCUUUCUUCUACGUGACGGCCAGGGACCCCGUGGUGGCCGAUCUGGUGAAGAACCCCAUGGCCUCGUUGACGCUGCCCGAAUCCGAGGGGGAGUUUUGCAGAAAGAACAUUGUGGACCCAGAGGAUCCCCGAUGUGUCCGGUUGACGCUCACCGGCCGGAUGAUGGUGGUGUCUCCAGAGGAAGUAGAAUUUGCCAAGCAGGCCAUGUUCUCCAGGCACCCAGGGAUGAGGAAGUGGCCUCGUCAGUACGAAUGGUUCUUUAUGAAGAUGAGGGUAGAACACAUCUGGCUUCAGAAAUGGUAUGGAGGAGUGAGCAAGGUUUCAAGGGAGGAAUAUUUCAAAGCUGUUCCCAGAAAGGCCUGAUGAAGUAAGAAGCAAGUCGUUGGUUUGCAUUCAAGUGCAAACAUUUUAAGGGAUGCCACCUGCUGGCUCCUGGCUGCUGUCUCUUUCUUGAAGGGCUCCUAGCAGCUCUGCCAACGCUGCUGCAGAAUGAGAGAGGGGGACCAGGCAGUGUCGCGCUAGACAUGAGAAUCAAGUGGCCAUUUGUAGACCACCCCCCAGUCCACACAGGUACUUCACAUAGAUGUCUUUGUUUACACUGUAUUCAACCUUGACUCUCCUGUUUGGAACCCAUCGUUGGUUGUCAAGAUGACAUAUUGAGACUGUGGCUGUUCCAUUCUUUAAAAAAAAAAUAAUGCUCUUACAUGGAACAUGAUUGCUUCAUACGGUGAGGGUGUUUUUGUUGCUUGCUGUGCCAAAAGCAGUGUCUUGGUUCUAAGCUCAUCGCAACCACAGAGGAGUAGCCUGUGCAUCACACUGCCACAACGCUGUGUUCAGGGUUAGGGGAGAUGACAACUUGUCCAUGGGUUGCUCGUCAUGUGACUGAAUUGCAAAGGCGUGACUUGAGUCCCAUUUGCCAGAAUGUCUGAGUUGCUUAUGGAGCCCUUUUCCCCCUGAACGUGACUGACCAUGUCAGGACAUCCAGUUUUGUGCACAGGCCUACUCCGUACAAGUGGAACACGGUUGUAAGUGAAAGUGAAUGGGGUAGCGUUGGCGUCACACUUGCUGGAUCCCUGCUGCUCAGAUUUCUGACAGAGACUCCAAAGAAGGAGCUCCUCACUCCUCAGUGUGGGCAGAGGAGAGGAGAGAGAGAGCAGAUUGGAAGCAAAGGCAAUCAGGGAGUGGAGGAAGGGAAGAUGUUACUCACCACGGGCCCACUGCCUGCCAGCCAGAAGUCAUCUCAUUUAAGCGCUACAAGAGUGAGAUGGCAUUGCCACUUUCAGACAGGGAAACUGAGGCCCAGAGAGGCCAAGUCAGCAUUCCAAGAUCAGACUCCAGAUCUCACUAGAAAUGAGAGAGAGAGUGACACCUACAUGACUUCUAGUUUCAAGAACAAGAGUUGCUGAAAUACACAGGUAGUCAUUGAUCCAGGAAAAUCAGUAAAGUGAUUGUGAAAAAGAAUGGCUAACUUGCCUGGAGAGGAUUUGCCACUGCUUCCAGGGUGAGUUAGGGGUGGGGAAUCUCUGAAAUUUAAUUCCUUAAUCAAAUUAAAACUUUCUACAACUCAUGUGUAGGAAUUCCUUGUGUUUGGAAAAAAAAAAAUUAGACCACAUUUGUGUACAUUUCGAGGGCCUGCCUGAACCUAUGUGAGUAUACCCAUGACUUUUUAUAGUAGAAACAUAAAAAGGAUCUAGCGGUACUGAAGUUUUCCAUCUUCCUACAAUGGCUAUAAACCCUCCAGUGGGUUAGGUGUGUUGUAUAGCAUAAAAACACAUCAUUAUGGAUAGGAAACAUACAUUGUUAAAUAAAAGUGCUAUUAAUGGUUUUACUUUUGUUCAACAAAAGAAGACUUGAGAGAGUUUGAGUUGUCUAAAUAUAUUUUAAGUGCCUGUUACUAAGCACAUGGUAAGAUGCACAGAAUUCUUUACUCGUCAUAUAAGCCAAUUUUCAAGUUUCUAGCAAUGACGAUUUCUAGUACAUAAGGAUGGGAGAACGUUUGAGGGUAUUUCCUAAAUUACUACAACCCUCAAUUUAGAAGGGGAAACCUGUAAGAACAAAAUUAAUGCUCAAAAAUGUGUCAUAAGCCAACUUCAGACCUUAACUCUUGGAGAAACACUGCCUUCUCAGCGCUGUCUUACAGAUCAUGUCCCUGUUCGAGGUUUGCUUUCAUAGUCAGGUUCUGUUUAGCUCAUUAGCGGUCACAGGUGCUUAAAAGGGCUUUGCAGAGUGGGUGUCGUUAACAAACACUGAUGAUUGUUGUCAGCUAUUUCUCCAGAUCACAGGAAAUGAAAUCUGGACCCGUGUGACAAGAAGAAUGUGGUUGAACCUUCAUGGGCUUGUGUCUGAUGGGUCCCCCUGGGGCAAGCACAUUUCAGCAAAUCCUUAGAACUUUACAUUGACUAAGCUUUUACAGGCUGUAUUGGAAGUUUUAGAUGUGGCAAUAAGGCAAGAAAAAAGAAAUAAAGUGAGAACAGAUUGGGAAGAAAGGAAGAUACCCCUAUUAACAGUUGACAUGAUUGUCUAUGUAGGGAUUCCAAAUAAGUUAUUUUUAACAAAUCAAAACACUCCUAGAACUAUUGAGUGCAGCAAGGUCUCAGCAUACAAGAUCAACACAGACAAUUUAAUUACAUUUCUAUAUACUGAUGAUGAACAUGUGGAAGCCAAAACUAAAAACAUAAUACCAUUUACAAUCACUCCCAAGAAAAAGAAAUACUUAAUUAUAAACUUAGCAAAGUGUGUUCAGGAUCUGUAUUCCAAACCUUGGACUAAAUUUCAUACCCUAUACAGAAAUCGACUCAAGGAGAUAAUAUUCCUAAACAUAAAAUGUAAAACUAUAGAGAAAAACCAGAGAGAAAAUUUGGAGGACUGAGGGCUGAACAAAGAGUUCUUAGACUUGACAUCAAAAGCAUAAUUCACAAAAGGGAAAUUGGAUAAAUUAGACUUUUUUGGCUUUUCAAAAGAUCAGGUUGAAAGGAUGAAAACACAGGACACAUACUGCGAGAAACUCUUCGGAACCACACAUCUGACAAGAGACUAGUACACAGAAUAUAUAUAGAACUCUCCAAGCUCAAGAGCUUAAAAAACUCCAAUUAGAAAAUGAAGAACAUGAGCAGACAGUUUAUUUCAAAAGAUACACAAACAGCACGUGUAUUCAGCAUAAUUCAUCAUGAAGGGUCUGCAAAGUAAAACCACAAGGAGCUAUCACUGCACGUCUGUCAAAGUCAGUAAAAUAAAACAGCGGCUACACAAAGGUGCUAAGAAACCAGACCCAUUGUAUACCACUGGUGGGAAAGGGGGAAUGUGAAAGGCAACAGCCACUCUGGAGAACCACUGGGCAUUUUCUUAUAAAACCAAACAUGCAACCAGCAAUUCUACUCCUGGGCGUUUGUCUCAGAGAAAGGGGAUCCAUGAACAUGGUAUCUCCCUGCUUUUGUGUAGGUCUUUCAUUUCAGACAAAUGAAAACUCACACACACAUAUCAGGUUUAUUCAUAAUAUUCAAAGGCUGGAAACAGCCAGACGUCCUCUGGUGAGUGGCUGGUGAAAUCACCAGUGGCACAUCCGCAGCUUGGAGUACUUACUCAGCAAGAAACAGAAACUAAUUACUGACACAGGCAACACCGUGGAUGAACCUCUAGAGAAUUAUGCUGAGUGCAGAGGGCCCAUUCUGGAAGUUUCCCCGCUCUAUGACUCUACCUACAUAAUCUUCUGGAAUGCAAGGUUACAGGAAUGGAGAGUAGAGUAGGGGCUACCAGGGACGAGGAUGAGAGUCAGAGAAGGGAAUUAACACGACAGAUAGAUAUGUUCAGUGUCUUGAUCAGUCAGUGUGAAAACUGUGGGUUUGUACUACAGCUUAGCAAGAUGUUGCCAUUGGGGGAAUCAAGGCAAAACAUACACAGGAUCUCUUUAUAUAAUUUUUUAUAGCUGCAUGUGAAUCCACACUGUGUUAGAAUCUACGAUUAUCUCAUAGGAAAAAAUUUAAUACAAACAAGAUGUAAGGGUUAGCUUAAGAAAGGCAUUUAUGCUCACUCUCUCUCUCUCCCUAAUAAAUGAGGAACUGAACUAUGUGCCAAAACUUAGCAGAAAGAGACAGUAUUUCUUCUGUUAAUCAUUAACAUGUGCAUUUGUGGAAGAGACAAAGACUUCUUGAGAAGUCUUCUAGAUGGGUUCAAUUUAAUAUUAACUACAAAGGAAUAAGAAUUUGACAAAUCCACUCUACCAAUUUUAUGUGGGACACUUCAAGAGGGAAAAAUAUCUUCAAGUUUCUGGCAUAAACAUGUUGCAUAAGCUCUGUGUGUGCUCUGUAAAGAAUGAUUUCCCACUGAUAUUUAUAACCAAGAACUAUAAUUCCAAUUAUCGUCACUCUAAAUAUUCUGAGAAAGAAUCCUUGUUUUGUUUCUUUAAAUAAACAGAAGUAUUUCAGGACCCUCAUGUUUUUAUUUACAAGCACUGUUCACACCCAUGGUGGAAUUCUGAUGCUAUUGGUUUCAAUAUGCCUCGGAUACUGUUUGUAAGAGCGUUGCUUUGAGGUUGAAAUGUAUUUCUAAACUUUUUUUUUUUUGGCGGAAGUCUGUAUUUGAUUUUUAAUAAUUUACCUAUCAAAUACCAUCCUGAAAAUAAAACCUCUCUAGAAUAAUUUAUUGAUUGUUGCUUACCUGAUUGCUAGAAUAUCAUUGUAAAAUGAACUGUAACCAAGUUAGGAUUUGUCUGUGCCAUAUAGUGCAUGUGCGGUGUAAAAUCUGUUUUCAAAACUAGAUAUGUCUAUUUAGCCAAAGUCUGUUUCAUUCCUGAUGUGAUCUCGUGCUCAAUUAAAUGAAAUUAUGACAUUU